AAAACAGGGAUACCAGCUCUAGACACCAAUGCCUCUAUUAUGGGUAAUAAUAAUUUAUAGACUAAAAUAAUUUAAAAAGUACAUAUCUCAACGAAUUUAAUUUAUCUCGUUAUGAUAUUCUCCUUAUUUCUGUUUAAAUAAAAACUAAAUUUUAUAAAAGAAUACAAAUGUUAUGUGUCUAUUUCAGGAAUGUCGGAGAAAACCGUAAGUAGAAUUACUAAAGAAGGUGAAAUUGCUGCCUCUACCUCACAAAAACUGAAGUCUCCUGGAAAACAUCGUCUGAAACGUAAAACAGUGGAACUUGAUGAUUUCGAUUUAUGCGCUAUAAGAAAUAAAGUUCAUGAAAUGUAUACUGUAAGAAAAGUUGUUCCUACUUUAAAUAAAUUACUUGUAGAAUUAAAGAAUGACAUCAAUUUUGUUGGGGGCCGAACGACUUUGUGGAAAAUUUUAAAACAGCUUGGAUUUCAGUACAAAAAAUGUGGUUCGAAACGGAAAAUUUUAAUGGAAAGACACGACAUAGUUGCAUGGAGACGAAAAUAUAUCGAUACCAUGAGGAAAAAUCGUAUAGACGGACGGCCAAUAGUUUUCUUAGACGAAACAUACAUUCAUGCAUCAUAUGCAGUGAAAAAAUGUUGGCAAAAAGAUGGCGAGGACGGACUAACAAAUGAUUCUGCUGGAACGCGAUGGAUUAUUGUUAAUGCAGGUGGAGAAAUAGGAUUUAUUCCUAAUGCUCAAUUGAUUUUUAAAUCACAGAGUAAAUCCGGGGAUUACCAUGACGAUAUGAACAGGACUAAUUUCAUGAAGUGGCUUUCAGAGAAACUUGUACCCAAUUUGCCUCCAAACUCCUUAGUCGUCAUGGAUAAUGCUCCCUAUCACACCGUACAAGUGAAUAGAGCACCUACUAUGAGUUCGUCAAAACUGCAAAUGCAAAAUUGGAUUACAAAUAAGGGAUUGUCAUAUUUACCAACAAUGUUGAAAGCAGAACUCUAUCAAAUUAUAAAAGAGCACAAAGAAGCACCAAUUUAUGAGGCUGACCAAUUAUUGAUAAGUCACGGCCAUCAAGUGGUAAGGUUGCCCCCUUACCACUGUGACUUAAAUGCUAUAGAGCUUAUGUGGAGCCUUUUAAAGAGACGAGUAGCUUCUAAUAAUAUCGGACAAGAAGCUGGGAAUAUUGUGAAACUAACUGAAGAAGCUUUUUUAUCUAUAACCCCCCAUGAUUGGCAAAAACAGUGUCAACACGUCAAAAAUAUAGAAGAUAAAUUUUAUGAACGUGAUGGUUGUAUGGACAAUGUUACUGAUAGUUUCAUAAUUGAAGUAGGAAACGAUAGCAGCACAGAUUCGGAUGCGUCAGAUGAUGAUGUUAGUACAAGUGAUAGUGAUUUGUCUGGAAUCGUCCCUUUGGACCAUAAUUACUCUGUCAGAAUAAAUUAAAAUAAUAAAUAAUUUAAAUUAAGAACUGUCUUCAUUUACGACCUCCUUAGUUUUAUAAAUGUGUGUUAUUUAAAGAGUGAGUGAGAUUUCUCACCUCUACCUACCUCUUUGCGGAUAAAUAGACGUGAUGGUAAGUCUUAUUUAAAAUUAUGCAAGUAAAACGAUAUUAAUUUGUAGUGGGUAAAUACAUGUUUAGACAAUGGGGGUAAAUGGUACAUAUACUGUCGGCAACACCGUAGACAAUGCUGCCAAUUCAGAAGUCAGGGGACAACUUAUGAUGAACGGA